CAUUUUUUUCCCACGGUUAUUUUAGUAUUUGUUGAGUUGGCAAUUGGUCAUUUCCUUUCCAUCGGCUUUUUUCCUUUUUUUAUAUAUUUCUGUUAUAUACAGUGGAUACCUUUCUUCUCGUUCUCCCAUUGUCCUUGUCCAUCCGUUGAUGGCUCUCAAGGUGGAACUCACGCAGUGGGUGGUGGGCGUGGAGGCAUACGAGAAUGGAGACUUUGACGGAGCACUCCGCGCUUUCGAGCAGAUUGCAGACACGAGCAAGAUUCACUUUAAUAUUGCAAUGACGUUUGUAAAUAUGGGACUGCUUGACGAGGCUAUUGCUGCGCUGACUCGGUCGGUCGCUUGUGACCCGUUUUUGGCAGUCGCUUACUUUAUGCGCGGAGUCUGUCUUUACAAUUCAAAUGCUCUCAACGACAGUCUUGCCGACUUUAACGACGCCCUGACGUACCUUCGAGGAAACCAGUUUAUAGACUAUGCCCAACUCGGACUCCCUUACAAACUCUACUCGGCCAAAGUCUCCUUCAAUCGGGGUCUCUGUCUCGCAGCAAUGGGUCAAGCCAACGAAGCCUACAGAGAUUUUGACGACGCUGUCCGCUCCCGGCCCUCCCCAUCAGAUUCCCAAGAAGACCUCGGAAAUAUGGACGAAGCCCUCAAAAUGGGUGAGAGGGCUCCAGAAUACCUCGGCCCCUAUGCCCUCCCGCCAGACCUCAUUUACAGACCUCCAAAGGGCAAAGUCAAGAACUCUGACAAGAAAGAUUAUAUCGGAAAAGCCAAAGUCGUUGCCAGUGUGGAGGCAACUGACAAUUACGCUGGAUUCUCGGGCCGUGAACUUAAAAUGAAGACACUACCUCGAGCCGCAACCACGGGCCGCAUGCUCGAGCCUCGCUCCAAUGGUGCUAGUGGCGGCCUCGCCAAAUCAGCCACUAUUUCCGGCGCUACUACCCGUGGCCUACCGGUUCGCUCCGCCACAACAAACUCACCUACCCGCGCAAUGUCUCCCUUCACCAUGCCCCGCCGCCCAGCCCCCGACAGCCUGGGCCGCUCGGAUACCUUCAACCGUUCUGAACCCCUUAGCCGGUCAAACACGACCUCCCGCGUCCGUGCCCGUUCAUCCUCCCUCGCCUCAAACACCCUUCCCCGGAACCGCAACGAAAAUUACGAUUACUCUACAACCUCCAGAUCCCGCGCACCAGUUUCGGAAUUUAACCCUAUUGAUGAACUUGUCGAUGAGUUGGCCGGAAAUGACGAUGAUUAUGAGCGGUAUAAUCGUCCAGCCGUGCAACGAAAUGAGCUGCGGCGGGCCAAUACGGCGAGUACCGUUAGUAGUGCUUUCUCCUCGACCUCGAGCGUCGCUGAUAAGGUGAAAGUGAAAGCACAUUAUACCGACACCCGAAUUCUCCUGGUCCCAUACACCAUCUCCCACACCGAACUCAUCGAACGCAUCCAACAAAAGUUCAAAACCGGGGCUCUCCGGCUAAAGUACAAGGACGAGGACGGGGAAAUGGUCAUGAUUACCGAUCAAGAGGAUUUGGAAGUUGCAUUUGCAGUUUCAGGAAUGGAAUGGGGGAGUGAGGGGGGCAGUGGUCGGAUGGAGGUGUAUUGUUUUGCAACGUAGAUGGGGGUUGGGUUGGAUGACGUAGUCUUACGGCUUUUUGGAAAACGAAUGGACAAGCAACAGUUGUGUUGUAUGGGUAUGUUCUUUGGUUUUCUUUUUGUCAACAUUUUGCCACAAUGUGCAUAUGAUGGGAUGAGCGAUAGAAAUAUUUGUACAAGGAUUUUGUGCGUGCGAGCGGUGGAGUUUUUUAUAUGUAUACAUUUUAUAAACUACUUAGAGGAUGGA